UCUGACACACUAACAGCACUCUGCAAGUCUUCUAUAGGAAAAGUAGUUUAGUUGUGAAGAAAGAGGUUCUUCGGUUUUAGUUUGGUGUUUAUAGUUACAACAGGAUGGUGGCCCCCCAGGAAGAGACAAACUCUUGUGGAACAGUAUGCCUUAAAUACCUGUUGUUCACCUUUAAUCUGCUUUUCUGGUUGUCUGGGGGUUCUGUGAUGGGAGUGGGAAUCUGGACUCUAGUGGAUAAGAGUGACUACGUUAGUCUGCUGUCGUCCAGUGCAUAUUCAUUUGCUGCCUACGUCCUGAUCGCAGCAGGAGCCGUUGUCCUACUCACUGGAAUCCUUGGCUGCUGUGCCACCAUUAAGGAGAGUAAAAGACUUCUGGCUGUGUUUUUUCUUCUGCUGUUGUUCAUAUUCCUGCUAGAGAUCACUGCUGGAAUUUUGGCCUACUGGCAUUAUGAAGAGAUGCAUCUUCUAGGCCAUGGGUGCACACAGGUCUUGGAGUGUUUUCCUUUCUGCUAUAAGCUGAGUGAUAACCUGAAAACAGACCUGAAAGAGACCAUGGUGCAGAAAUACCAGCUGCCUGAUCAGGAGCACAUCACCAACGCUGUGGACAAACUCCAACAGGAUAUGAAGUGCUGUGGCAGUAACAGCUCCACAGAUUGGCAGGAGGGAGCCUGGAUACAAACACUUGCUGACGGACGACUUGUACCUGACAGCUGCUGUAAGACCCCUACUCAUCGCUGUGGAAUGAGAGACCACCCAUCCAAUAUCUACAAAGUAGAGGGUGGUUGCAUUUAUAAACUAGAGAACUUUAUUCUUGAGCACUUGCUGAUAUUAGGCGGUGUGGGUAUUGGAAUUGCAUUCCUACAGAUUUUUGGAAUGCUCUUUACCUGCUGUCUGUAUCAAAGUUUAAAAGAGGAGCCUUACUAAGACCUUGCAUCUUGUACUUAAACACCAAAAAUACAUUCACAGUUCUCAAAUAUUUUAUUUUUGCAUUUAUCUUCCUGUUGUGCUGCGAUGCAGGGUAAAUAUUUUGUGCAAAGUGGUGGACAGCAGCCUGUAGCAAUAUAUUUUGGCUGCAGGGCAGUCAUUUCAAAAAGGAAACGCACGUGAAUGAAAACGGUGUGUGGCCUAUGAUAAACAAAUUUGAUUUAUUAUAAUAGUCCAUCAAAGGCCUGUAACUUAACUGACUCAGCCUUGAAGUGCAUGAUGGUCACUGGAUAAAGUGUAAUGCCUGCAGCCAGCUUCAUUAUUUCAUUACACAUGCUGCAUUAACUGUGUUUGGUCCCCAUAUCUCUGUUUUACUAUAAAGAUUACCUUGCUUAAAAACAAAAUCCAUCUUGGUCUGACCAGUUACCAGUGUGAUCAGCUUGGCCUGUGUUUUUGAAAGCUAGUCAGACCAAGCUGAAGACCAUCUUUGACAGGCAGAAGGGUUCCCCCGCUUCUUUAUUACUUAACUAAAUUAGUACGUGUGAGGUUUUCUAAUUGUUGUCCUGUUUUUUUUUUUUUUUUUUUUUUCUUAAAAAAAAAAAAGUGCUGAUGUAUUAGUUGUGAUAGUUUAGAGACUAUUUCCAUCUACCAGCAUUUACCAAGCCUGACCAGCUCGGCCUGUGUUUUGGUGCCUGGUGGUCCGACCAGGAUGAAUUUUUCAGCAGGGUAGCUUUAUUUGGAAAAAGUUCAUGACAUUCACAUUGACUGAAGUGAUGAGGCCUAAAUAUUAGGCUUCAUUUAGGGUGUGUGUAUAUAAACCUUCCAUUCAAGGACACUGCUUUGCACUGCUGCUUAAAUAUAUUUAAAAUGUAUUUUUGAACUGACUUGUAAAUUGUAUAA